GUCAUUCAUCAGCAAAAGGUUAGGUUACGUUGUGUUGUGACAUUGCUGUGCGACUCGCAAAAGCUGUGACACAGAUGCAGUCGGUGGAUGAUGGCUAACAAAUCAAGUGCACAGAAAGUUCGGAAUGCGGAUAGCAACCCAUGCAUUGAGGAGAGUGAUAAUUCUCAAAGAUGUUUGGAUGCAUACAACUAUGAUAAAAACAUGUGUUCCGCUUACUUCAUGAAGUAUAAAAGCUGCAGGAAGUACUGGCAUGAUGUGAUGCUGCAGCGCAAACGUAGCGGAGUGAAGCCGGAAAUGCCGAACGCUGAAGAGCGACAACAGAUCCUCACAGCCCUCGGCGGAAAACCCUACUGACAUGUGCUCAAAUGGACUCAAAAAGAAAACAGACAUUUCUUGAAUUACCAGUUCAACCUUCUGGAUUUAUUAAAAGUAUGUUCAUUUCUGUGGACAAUUAUUUAAUAUCUAAUUGUAUUUUCAACAGUUAUGAUGUGUAACAACAACUAAUGCUGUGUAUUUAUGAAACUGUCAACGGCUGCCUAUUACAGUCUAGUUUUAUGUGUAUUCAGUCAUUCAAAAAUGAAUAUAUUUUGAAUAUGA